AUGUUAUCUGCUGCAGACAACCUAAUACGCAUUGUGAGCGCUGUUUUCCUCAUCAUAUCGAUAGGCCUAAUCGGCGGCUUGAUGGGCACACAAACAAACGGUAGUUCCCGAGUGAACUUUUGUAUGUUUGCCGCGGCUUACGGUCUAAUCACUGAUUCAUUUUACGGGUUUUUGGCCAAUUUUUGGUCAUCGUUAACAUAUCCGGCAAUUUUGCUUGUUCUGGAUUUUCUAAAUUUUCUAUUUACGUUUGCAGCAGCUACUGCUUUAGCCGUCGGUAUAAGAUGCCAUUCGUGCAAAAACAAAACUUACCUGGAGCAGAAUAACAUCACUCAAGGUUCAAGUUCCAGAUGUCAUCAAUCACAAGCUGCUGUAGCAUUUUUCUACUUUUCCUGUUUCCUGUUUCUGAUUAAAGUGACGGUUUCGGUAGCUGGUAUGAUGCAAAAUGGCGGAUUUGGCUUUAAUACCGGUUACGGUAGAAGAAGGGCAAGAAGACAGAUGGGAGUGCCCACCAUUUCUCAAGUUUAG